UCCUUCCGGCUGUGAAACGCAACGGACAUAAACACAAUGACGAAUGACAGCACGGGUUCCUAUGAGUUUCAUUUUUGUGUUUCAUUUUAGAUUUGCACCGACUUCUAAUUGCUGUUUCUAAGAUGGCAGGGUUAGAGCUCCUGUACAGCUCUGUCGUCAGUAACAUCACCUGUCCACAGGAUGUUGUUGUUUGUUUCGUUCACUGGGAAAUAGUACGAAGCGGGCACAAAUGUCUUGGAUCUGGGGACCAGCCUCAACAAAGUGAUAAAAAGUCGGAGUUACUCCCUCCUGGUUGGAACGACAGCAAGGAGUUGUAUACCUUACGCUACCAAUCCAAGAGUGACAAGUCCCAUUUGCUCCUCAAAGCCAUCACCGUGGACUCCACCUUGAUUUUCAACAUCAUGGACUCGGCCACUGAGCGAGUUUCAGAUUUAACAGUCGACGUCAGUGACUAUGUAGACGCGGCCAAUCUCCAGGAAUUCGAGAGGGUGUUCAAGAACACAGAGGAACUAGCAAAAAAAGUUAAGUCAGGGCUUCUUCCACCGGAUUUGAAGGUGAAAGGAGAGUCCAGCAAGAAGGCGGAGAAGAGGCCCUCAGUCGACCCACAGCCAGACCGGGACCCUCUCCUAAUUCCGCCAAGGAACCCACACACUGGCAGGCAGCCGCAUUGGCCUGAUCCAAUGGCUCCAUUUGCUGCAGGGGGUGCAGACCUGGAUCCCUUAGGGGGCCGGUCAGGGGGAAUGAUUAUGGACCCGCUGCGCUCCGGGUUUCCGCGCUCCGGGUUCGACCCGUCUGCUGGGAUACCCGGCCGGCUUCCCCCAGGAGCCGUUCCUCCCGGCGCUCGCUUCGACCCGUUCGGACCGGUGGGACAGAACCGACCUGGCCCAGACCCAGACCACAUGCCUCCACCAGGAUACGACGACAUGUUUAUGUAGAAGACACGGCCCAAUUCUCAGUUUCUGUGUCUGUCAACACCAGGCUAAAAUACUCAUUUUACAGCCUGUAGUUACAUGAUAAUUACAACAAAAUCCUUCCAUGCUAUUUUUGCUCUUUCCCCCACAAGUUAGAAAAUUGUGGCUAAUGAAAAUGAUAUCCCUUUUCUCUACAGUAAGGGGAGAUAAGUAAUGUGCCAAUGUCACAGACAAGCAUUGAUAUGAUUAACUUCAGAAUAAGUGUCAAACAUGCUUUAAUAAGUUUUUGUUUGCAAAAGUUUUUGUUUCUAAAUCCUGCUGAAAUUCUUUCAUUCCUAAAGACAAAAAAUAACUUACACUUACAGUUACGAAGGUUUGGUUUCUUUUUUUGUUCGUCUGUUUUUUGAAAGGCUAAUUAAAUAAUUGUCAAGCAA